AUGCAGAGAAAGCGUAUGUCUGUGCCUCAGUUUGGAGCAUGGGAUGGGAAGAGUGAAACAAAUUACUCGGUCGUAUUCUCGCAAGCUCGUGCCAAUAGAAGGAUGCACAAAAAUGAGCUUAUGGCUCGACACAGCCUUGGUCACGAGCGAGAACUCCUAAGGCAACAAUACGAGAAUUCUAUAAACAUUCAUGACCUGCACAAAAAGGAGAAGAAGAAAAAGAAGAAGAAGAAGAAGAUGGGCCGCAACGAGAACUUUGAUUCAUUUUAUGGUAGCUGCAACUUUGAAUGGUGGGGCAAUUACUCACCUUCUACAUCAUUUGCUACCCAACAACAUCCAUCGAGUUCGAGCACAUCUCUUGAAGAAAUUGUUAAGUCUGUUGCACUUAGCACUUUACAGUUUCAACAAGAGACUAGGAGCAACCUUAAGAAUCUAGCAGAUCGAUUGGACCAACUUGUGUCCCGAAGGUUGACGAAAUCUCCUAAGUUACAUCGAGAAUUCAUGGAGGAAUCUGAACAAGUUGUGGUUUUGCAGUCUGCAAGCGAUUUAUCUUCUAGUGAUUUUAUGGAUGUUGGUGAAUCUAAUACGUCGGAAAAUCUUGACCCGAAUCAAGUGGAAGUAGUUCCAGCGAUAACCAAACCCCUUGCUCUGCUUUUCUCAAAUUUCUAUCUCGGCGAAAGAGGUGUACAAAAGGGAUAA